GAUGGAAGUAUUGAAUCAGACUGCAUUCGGAAGCACAACUUGUACAGAAACAAGCAUGGAACUCCAGCUUUGAAAUACUGUGAAAGUAUCGCAGAAGAGGCUCAAAAGCUCGCAGUGACACUGGCGAAGCAAACGACUAAGAAAGUUACUAAGGGGAUAUAUGACGUCAAUUAUUUCAUUGGAGACUCGUCCGUUCCGCGGACAAUAAGUGACGCAGUGGAAAAUUGGUCAGUGAUUCCAUAUAUACCUUUUACUAACAGAGUUCGAGGUCCGUACUAGAAGUUACAGAUCGAGUUUUUCCACUCAGAUUCAUGGCCCAAGUGCAAGGAGCGCGGGCCAUAAAUCCGAGCGAUAAAAAACGAGGUUCCGUAAAUUUCAGCAAGGACCGAGGAAACGGGAUUAGUAAGAUAUUUAUUAUAUCUCUGGAAUCAACUAAAGGGGGAAGAUUUCAACGAAAGCAAACUUUUGAAUUUGGUAGGCCGAAUAGUAAACUACUGCCCGUUAAAUUGAUCAAUCAUAGCGCACGCACAAAGGGAUAUAAUAAUUUUAGCCACGCGAAGGCCAUCCGACUACUAUAGCGAAGAUAAAACGAAAACUGGCGAGCGUCUUUGCAAAAGCAGCCGUUUUGUCAUGUAAAUUGUUUGACUGAGAAAAAAGUAGAAGUAUUUUAGAAAAUGGACUCCCGUGGCCAGAUGGAGGAUAAUGCAACAUUAGCUGUUAUUAAAAUCGGUCUUCCUAUGAUUAUCCAUGCCAUUAUGCGGCAACAUUUCCAUACACAUUCCAGGUAUACUGAAGGAAAUUCCUACAAUUACAAGCAGCCUGAAAUCUCCUCAAGUAACACCCGCUUCUUAGAGGUAAGACGACACAUCCUUCACUCUUUAAUACUCUUUCACGUGACGCUAUGCCAUCCUUAAAACUAAGGUAGCCAGGCGUAUCACACAGGUAACUACACGCAUGAAAUCAAUGUAGGUGUAACCGGAAAAUUCAAACCGAAGGAUAAUUGUACAAAUAGUACCUAAGUGUUUUUCUUACCUUGAGACUUCGCUGCUAAUCUAAACAUGGACGGCCGAUAAUUCUUUCGUCCAGUUUUUUUUUUCCCAAAAUAUAAAGAAAGAAGUGAAAUUAAGGCUGAAUUAUUUUUCUAGCUGAUGUGGAAGUCCCACGAGAAAAUGGGUUGCGGAAUGGCCGUGGCUAUAAAUGGCGCGAAUAUCCGCACAGUGGUGGUGGCAAUAUAUGAACCUGCCGGCAUGCGAGUUGACAUAAAUGACUACAUUGAGAACAUUCUACCGGCAAAAGACUAA